UAUUUAUUUCGGUUUUGUGGAUGAAUAGUGUGUUGGCUACGCUUUGUUGUAUGUUGAGAAUGUGAAGUAGUUGAAAGGGGUUGACAAAAAAAUGGUUUACAUUUUCGUUAUUAUUUAAUUUAAAUUAAAGAAGAAUUGCAACGACAAGACAAUAAUAAUGUUUGGGUGCAACAAGUUUUAUUAGUUUGCGUGGAGACACCUGUAUGGGUGUACAAGGUGCUUCAUAAUUAUCGCGCGUCGAAGUUAAGUUAUAGGUGGUGGCCAUUGCAGGCAAGGUCACCCCUGCAUAACCUAACCUUACGUGUCAAUCAAUGCUUAUGUAGGAAAUUCUGUAAUAAAUAUUAUUUUUUGCAUGUCUCCACAAUAAAAUGAGUAAUGGGGAUGGUGAAAAACGAUUGAACUGUUUAAUUUGCACCCAUGAGCUGUCGGUUACAUCUAGUUUCAGUGUGUUUUACACUGUUAUUCCACAUAGUGGACAUUUACUUGCCCAUGUUAUUCAGAAAGUUCUUCGAAUUCAUGUGGAACAAGCCGCACUUCCGAGCACUUUCGUUUGUAAGAAGUGUUUCACCAAGUUCCAAGAGUAUGACCGAGCAGAAGAAAAAUGUAAUAAUGUAAAGAAAGAGAUUCUUAAAAUUUUCAAUAACAACUGUGAAAAGCAUGAGUUUUGUGUAGAAACGACACAAGGAGUUGCUUGCCAGACAGAUGAUGCUUCUGAGGGAAUAUUGCCUGCACCAGUAAAUAAUGUUGGUGUCAAGCUAGAAUUAAGGGAUUCCUGUGAUUCAAAUGAUGAUGCUGAUGAAGAAAGCCAGAGCUGUCAGGAUGAAGAUGAAAACCCGGAAACCAAGAAAAGACAGGUUAAACGCAAGAGCCAACCUGCAAAGAAAGCUGCUGCUUCUCCUAUUUCAGAAAAAGGAACGAGCGUAGCAAAGGCCGACUCCGUCUCUCCUGAAAAGUCACAGACACAAAGUGAAGGAGAACGCAGUCAGGGCAGCCCCAGCAGUGGGGGUGGAAAAUUUGAAAUACGCACCAAGGACGCACGUCGUCGUCGUCGAUACGUACAUCCAUGUGCUUUGUGUGGUCGUCUGUUUCGCCGACCUUGUGAAGUUAAGCAACAUUUACUUUCGCAUGGUGGAGCCAAACCAUACAAGUGCCAACUCUGUCAUCGAAGGUUUGGCUCCAAGUCUGGAGCUGGGAUCCAUGCUCUAAAAAAGCAUGGCAAGGAUGUAACGGUGGAAAAUAUCAUAGAAGUGUGCAACGACAUUGUUCCGGAAGGAGGAGACGGAGGUUUUCCACCUGAAAAUAUAAAGCAUCUUCUGGAGCAGAACAUGAAGGAAGAGGGAGGCAAAGAUAGAUCUGAUGGGAGUGACUCUAGUGAUGGGGAUGAUGACUUUGAAUGGAAAUUAGAGAAUGAGGAGGAACUGUUUGGGGGUGGGAAUGUGUAUGAUGAUGAUGACAGCAAACAUAAUAUGUCAGGGCAUGAUACAACUUCACAACCUGGUGGUUCUGAAGUAGAAGGAGAUACCUCCAUUGACUUGAAGGAGAGGGAUUUGAAAACUGAUGGAGAUGAAAAGGCUGUAAAAGAUGGAAGGAAUGACAAGGAAGUUAAAGUUCAGAAAGAGAAUGAUAAGAAACUUGAUAAAAAAACAAAAGGCAAGUACUGGAUAAUGUUUCUCUUGUAUGUUUUGUUUGUUUGUGAAUCCUCAGCGCAGUCGAAGACACCUGCCUCUUCAGCGAAUGCCACCUCUGAUGAUGGACGUAAGAAGCGCAAACGAAAGAAACGUGAUCCAUUACCAAAGGUGCCAAAACAUAAAUGUCCUAUAUGUGGCAAGAUGUGGCGUACCAUGAGUGAGUUCAAGUCACAUGUAAACACUCACAGUGAUGAACGUCCAUAUAUUUGUGAGAUUUGUGGCCAAGCAUAUAAACACAAAGCUGCACUGGACAUUCAUGUGGGCAUGCAUAAUGGUAUUAACCCAUUCUGCUGCCCCUACUGUAACAAAGCUUUUACUCAGAAAGGAGCACUGCAACGUCACAUGCCCAUCCACACAGGGGAGGCACCUUUUCAGUGCGAGCUCUGUGGAAAACGCUUCGUGCAUCAUACAAGCUUUAACAUGCACACUCUGGCACACACAGGGCAAAAGAGCUACAAGUGCCAAGUGUGUGGACUGGCACUCCUCUCAGGAUCUCAUCUGAAACGCCACUCUCGUGUUCAUACUGGAGAACGUCCAUACCAGUGUACCACUUGUGGUAAACGCUUUGCAGAACGGUAUAAUCUGGUGGCUCACACUCGUGUGCAUGACCCUCUGGGCCAUGGUUCUGCUCGUGACUCAUCUAAGAAGUUGCACAAGUGUCAAUUGUGUGGUGCUGGCUUUGAUAGACGGCCCAAACUUGAAGACCAUUUAGCAUUAAGCCACAACAAGAUAAGUGACACGGAUGACAGUCGCAAGUGGGUGGGGCACCUUAUCACUACUGAACUUGGUGGCCCCACUUCUUUCCAGACUGGUCAGCCUCAUCCCCACACAGGUGCUCCAGCAGGUGUGUCUCAUGCCCAAUCUCUUCCUGGUCAGCAACACCAACCCGUGCCUGCCUCUGGCGUUGGUCAUCCUCCACCACUCGUGCCAGGUGCUAAUCACGUACCAGUACCACCUGAUCACCAUCACCACCAUCAGCAACAGCAACCACCACAACACCAUCAUCCGCAGCCGCCACAACCACAGCAGGCUCCCCAACCUCAACAGCAGCCUGUUUGGCAUCAUGUCCUGUUUGGUAAAGGCCCUGAUGCCCAUGUGGAUACUGAUCAGCAUCGGUUGUUGUCAGAGAUGUCGGCUCUUGGGGCUGGGCUAAGCGGCCCAGGGCGAGGAGUGCUUUCAUCCUGUUUGGCAGGUGGGCACCCUUCUCUAGGAAGUCAUCCACAUCACAUGAGUAACCCCCAUGCCUUGGCACCAGCCACUCGCCUCAACAUGUUUGGGGCUGAUGCAAGCAACUAGCACUAACAUAACAGCCAAUAAGUAUGUGAAAAAAGACAUGACUGUGCUUGAGGGAAACAAACGAGAGAUAAAGUACUUUUUUGUUUGAAGGUAUGCAUGGUUGCAUGUGUGAUUGAAGGAUAUUACCAUUUGUUUUAUCCUUAUCAUGGUAUUAAUAAUAAUUGAAUUUUUUUUUAUUUUCAUAACAAAACUGUGGUAUUGUGUUACUCCUAGGAAGAUGACAGUAAGUGUUACAACUGUUUGACUAUGUGGUUAAUGUGAAGAGAUGAUAACUGCUAGACUUAUUUGCUUUCUGUUUUGCAUUGAUUUGUAAAGACUUGAACUUUAUGCAUAAGAAGUUUACAAUGGAAUGCUCACUGUUAGGGAGCACGUGAGCAUUUAUAGUAUCUCAAGGGCAUUGAAUUCCCAGAACACUGCCAGAGUGGGCAAAAUUUUGCAUUAUAGUAUUAGUUUUAGUGAUAAUGUUGCAGCAUCAUUUACACGUGAUGCAAAUUCUAUUGAUAGAGAGAUUGGUACUAUUGAAGAAAGUGUACAUGUCCAUUCAGCUUUUCUUCUUGAUUCUCUUUUGUUUUGAAUAGUUUUUUGUUGUUGUUUUUUUCCAUAGUAUCUUGUUUUGAUGUUUUUACCUGCAGCAGCAAACUUGGUACCUAAUGUAUCAUAUAACUGAAAUUCAAAUAUCACAAAUUUCAUACUAUAUAAAGACUAUAUCAAGGUUCUUAUUACCUGCAUUUUUAGAAGUAUUUUUUAGUGGUCAAAAGCUGUUUCUUUGGUGUGAAUAGAAUUGAAUUGUAUUCUUUAUAUACUCCUUGUCUGGUUCCUUCACUGUAAGGAAUGUCUGUUGGAAAUAGUUGAUGUUUUUCCAAUUUGCACUUUCAUUUGGAAUCUAUUAGAGUAUAUAUGAUAUAAUUUGAGAAAAUAAAGAAAAGCAUGUGGUUCUUUUAAAUGAUAUUAAACAUAUGUGUUUCUAUAAACCUUGAAGAGUAUAUAAUUGUAUAUUUAUAUAUUUUUUUUAUUAGUAAAAAUAUGAUUUAUUUUAUGUAGAGGAAUAUUCAUGAGCUUUUUUAUAUUUUAUGCAUUAGUAUAAAGUUGAUUCCAAUAACCUUAUGUUUUAAUACAUAGACAUCUUUAUUUAUCUCUUAUAUUUUAGUCUUGUAAUGAAAUGAUUAUUUUUGAUGCAUUUGGAAAUGUAUUCCUGUUUUCUUUUCAACCACAUUCAUAUGAUUGGCAAUUAGUGCUAAUGUAAUGUAAACUCUAAGUUUGUAUGUAUAUUUUCAUCACAGUGUUAUCACAAUAAUAUUUUCAUGUGGAGUUAAGUUCUCAUUAUUUUACAGCUUUCUUACAGUUUUCUUCUCACUUUCCCAUAAUGUUACUUCUAAUAUUUUCAAAUUUAUCUAGUGAUAUUUUUAUGAAUCAUUCAAUAUAAUCUUUGUAUUUUAGAUAAGCCUAAUCAGAGUUGGGUUUUUGAAGUUCACUUUGCAGAUUAUUAACUGUGCCCUCACAUUGAUAUUCUGAACCAGUAAAGAAUAUAUAACUAUUGUCUUCAGACAAUUCUUACCACCUUUCUUCUGAAUACUUUUAAUAAAUACAAGAAUAAAUAAUUAAUGAAAUCAUGUUUAGUGCACUCCAGUUAUUUCUACUGGUAAUUACUUUCCUGAUCUUUUUCUCUAUAGGAAAUGCUUGUGCGUUCAUAUUCCAUUACACACCAACUCAGAAACUUUUGGAUAAGGAAUACAUUUUAAGUCGAAUAACUUUUUGUUGACUUUAUAAAAAAAAAUGCUUAAAAUGGAAGUUGUGAGUUACACUGUAGGAAAGCUGUACUAUUUGUUGUCCUAAUAAAAGAACUUUGUGGAAAAAUAAUGGUGGUGGCUGCUGCUGGUGAAUAUGAGUCUAAUUCAAUGGUGUUCAAAGGGAGAUAUCCCAUUAUUGUGAAAGCAGAGUUUGACCACUUAGGGUGUUGUAUGUGACAAAAUCUACAAUCUACAUUACAAAUCUUAUUACAUAAUUAAAAUAAAGGAAAUUUAAUGUUUUUUGAGACAAUGAUCACAAUUUUAUUUCCACUUUUCUUCAAACUCACUUAUAUGGCUUAACUCUCUUCUGAACUCCAUUGAAAUAUAUGUCACAAAUCAUGUGACCCUACCUCAAUUCAUUUUAUUGACUAUAGCCAUGGGUAGACCCUGUGCUGUGGAGAAAAGCUCUCAGGUUGUGAAUAAAAUUGACUCAGUGAUGGAGUAUGAGUCUCUCCACAAUUCAUUGACUGCAUUAAACAUUGCUUAUUUGUAUUUUGUAGUUACUACUAUGCUUUACCCUUGCCAAACGUACGUAAGAAAUGGAUAACUACCCUGGCUAUUGCAGUCUUGUCAAUCUAUGAAAAAAUUAAUGUUCAGUACAAAGGUAGUAAUAUUGUGAUUUUCUGAAAAUACUAGUGUAUGUUACAUUUCCAGAUCUGUUGAUUUGGUAUCUUUAUAUAACAUUGUAGAGUAGUUUGGCAGGGAUUUCGUCCUAAAGCUACUAAUAUUAUUUGCAUUAAAUCAGUACUAUGCAUUUUAUCAUGUGAUUGAUUUUAUAAAGAAAAUGAAAGGUUCACAAGUACUUUGCAGUUUUGUGCUCGAGUGUACUUCCUUUUCAUUUAAAUGCUUUUCUAUCCUUGUUAUGUUGAUUGUUUAAGUUUCUCAAAGAUAUUUUGCAUAUUUUAGAUAUACAUUUAUAUUUUAGCUAAUGACUAUACUGCAUUUUCUGAUGUCUUUUUUAGGGCAGCUACAUUUACUGUUGAUAAGAUACAAUAAAAAUAUUAACAGUAAUUGUUUUUUAUCUUUUAUAUUAAACUUGUGAAGCAUAUAAUUAACAAACACCGUUUGUAAACCAUGGUAUAUAAUAUUUCAAAAUUAUAACUGUCUGACACCCAUUACAAGUUCCUUUUCUACAGACAGUGGUUACUAACAUAGGUUAUGAACAUUUUAAAUUUUCCUUGAAACUUUACAAACUGUUAGGAUACAAUAUAUGUAUAGUUCUCAUAACCCUGGAUACAUAAUGAUUAUUGUUAUAUUGCUGGCAAUAAUACAAUAAUUAUAGGCACACUUUGGAUUCAAAAGCAAAAUAUAGAUAUAAGGCACAUUUUCAUAUUAGACAAAAAAUCAGCAAAUACAAAGAUAAAUCAUGAAAAGAAUAGGUAAUAAAAUACGAAGACAAAGAAUAGUAUGAAGCAAAUAUUCCAAACAGCGUAAAAAUCCAGAUUCAUGACGCCUGAAAAUUGGGCCACAGUUGUCACGUACGAAUAGAGGUUACGAUGAAAGUUGCAAUAUUGCCGUAUAAGAAAAUCAGACUCGUCUGCCAAUUUAUAAAUGAGGUAAAUAUCUUCAGUGCUGAUACAAGUUCUUUUCAUGUAAAUCAGUUCAAAAAUCGCUGAAAUCUACCUGAAGUAUAUUUGACAACACAACACUACUAGUCGGCGUGACGGCCGGUGCCAGCUGUUGCCUCUUCUUGCCUCUGUUGUCACAUCGCAAGUACCUUUCUGUAGUUGUCGCCAGAAUCUCUCAAUGUAUCAUGGAAUUCUCUCAUUUUUGAUAAAACUACCCUUAUCAGUACAUAUGAGCGAAAAAGUUUCGUGUAGUAGCCAGUCACGAAAUGACAAAGCUAUUGCAGUAUGUUAAUUAAGAAUGCGUACUUUAUAUUAAAGGAAAGAGUAGUUUAAUCUACUUGCUUUUACUCGUUUCAUACUAGCGAACUGUCAUCGCUCAUCCGAGGUUACGUGCUUUAUGAUCUGUGCGUUUCCGACACAUUUUGUGCUGCUUUUACCCCACCCGAUGGUGAAAUCGUUCUCGGCUUAUAAGGGAGAAUAUACAAUGGAUCUCAAAAACUGGACAAUAUUUAGUCUGCUGGAACCAGAAUUUGUUGCAAAGAUCAAAAUGGCUUGUGUAUUUGGAAAUCUUGGAAAUGAAGCCCUUAUUGUCACAAAAGAUGAUGAAGUUCUAGCAUUAGGUUCAAAUGCUGCAGGAUGUUUGGGUUUGGGAAAUUUAAAUAGCACGUUGGUUCCACUUCGAGUGGAUGCUCUUUGCGGAAAACAAAUUGCAGGUUUUGCUUAUGGGAGUGGACCCCAUGUUCUUGCUUAUACUGAAGAUGGUGAUCUUUAUACUUGGGGGCAUAAUGGUUAUUGUGAAUUAGGCAACGGCUCUUCUAAUCAGUGCUGGGUUCCAUCUCUUGUGCAGUCAAUGUUGACUGGGAAAGUAGUAGUUGAAGUAGCUUGUGGAAGCCAUCAUUCAUUAGCUCUGACAGAUGAUGGUGAGGUUUAUGCCUGGGGCCAGAACAAUUGUGGUCAAGUUGGCUCAGGGAUGAGUGCUAACCAAAGUUUGCCACGCAGGGUCAAUUCAGUUCUUAGUGCAAGGAGAUGCAUUACUAUAGCAUGUGGUCAGACCUCUUCUAUUGCUGUCACAGACACUGGAGAGGUAUACGGCUGGGGCUACAACGGCAACGGGCAGCUGGGCCUGGGCAACAACGUGAACCAGCUGAACCCGUGCCGCGUGGGCGCGCUGGCGGGCGUGGUGGUGACGCGCGUGGCGUGCGGCUACGCGCACACGCUGGCGCUGACGGACGUGGGCGCGCUGUACGCGUGGGGCGCCAACAGCUACGGCCAGCUGGGCACGGGCACCAAAACCAACGCCAACGCGCCCGUGCUCGUGGCCGCCAACGUGGGCCGCGUCGUCGACGUCGCCGCCACACACCUCGCGCACAUCUCUGCCGCCAUGACGCAGAGCUUCCGCGUCUACAUGUGGGGCCAGUGCCGAGGUCAGAGUGUAUCGUCUCCUGUUGCCACACCUUUCUCUUCCUUACAUGAUGUUUUUGCUUGUUUUGCAUCUCCAAGUGUCAUGUGGCAACCUGUUCAGGUAGAGCAGCAAGUUUGUGAGCGUGUUGCAGACAGCAUGCGUCAAGCUUUCGAUGAUCAGAGUACUAGUGAUCUUACCAUUAUGGUUCAAGACAGAUCGAUUCAUGUUCACAAAGCAGUUUUGAAGAUUCGAUGCCUCCAUUUUCGUUCAAUGUUCCAAGAACAUUGGCAAGAAGAUAAUCAAAGUGUAAUUCAAAUUGAUCAAUUCUCACACACAGUAUAUCGAGCUUUUUUGCAGUAUUUGUAUACUGAUGAAGUCAAUUUGUCUCCAGAGAGUGCCCUUGAAUUGUUAGUACUGGCAAGUGCAUACUGUGAAACCCAGCUGAAGCAUCGUUGUGAACAAAUUAUACGUCAAGGUAUCACAGUUGAAAAUGCUGCUAUGCUUUAUGCUACUGCAAUUGAGUACCAAGCUAAGGAAUUGGAAGAAUUUUGUUUCAAGUUUUUCCUCAACCAUAUGACUGCCAUAAUACAGUCUGAAGGGUUUUCUUCAUUGGAUGAGCAGACUGUGAAAGAUUUCAUUCGGAAAGCAGCCAAGUGUGGAGCUUUCAAAUCAUGAAAGGAGAUGAUUCUCUCACACCAAGAUGUUCUCGUCAUGCCUCAACCUUGUCUGUACCUGUUUCCUUGUUCUGUGGUGCCAAUUUCUUUUUGGUGGGGCCUUCUUCGUAAACUCUUUUGUGUCCAGUUGCCAUUUACUUGCAGUGGCUCAAUAGAUGUGCAACAUUUGUGACUUUGACUAUUUUAUGUGAUAAAUUUUUGUGAAAUACCCUUUAACCUUCUGUGUUUUAAUUCGGUUUGAGAGCUUUCACUUUUUAUCUUAUUUUAAAUGUAAGCUGAAAACACAACAACAAAACGUCGUUUUGUGUUGAUAACAUCAAGUUCUGCAAUUUUCCCCAUAUUUUAUGAUAUAGUAAAGUAAGAACAAAUUAAGAAUGUGUAUUGUUUUAUCUACUGCAUUUAUAAUUAUUUAGUACAUAUGUUUACAUUUGAACAUUUUCCACUACUUAAUAUAUCCUGUUACUCAUUUCGUUGUAUUGUGAGCUGUUCUGAAUUUAUAAAAUUGGUUUGCUGCUUUCAUAAAUUUUGAAAUGAUAAAACUGAUUACAGUGACCAGUAUUCUCAUGCAUUUGCAUAUGAUAUUAUUCAUUUCUGGUGUGGAAUGAUUGAUGCUAGUCAAAAGUAUCAACCAGACUUCUCAUCAGAAGUUUGAGACUGAUUAAUGUAAUUCUACAUGGAUUUCAGUUUUACUUUUAGAGAGUAGAUAUAUAUUAUUACAUUUUGACCAUUCCAUUUUCAUUAGAAUUGUGUGGUUUGUAAUAGAUAUUUAAACUUUUUGAGCAUCUGGAUGAUACUGUAGUCUGUACCACUUUGAGUGGCUAAGUAUUACAAAAUGAGCACAAAGUAAUUCCAAUGAAUUACCAUUUAGUUUUAAAAAUGGAAUGAGAAGAGACUAUUGUUCUGUAAGACAGUUGCCAAAGAUGGAUGUGGUUAUAAAAUAUUACAUUGAAAUCUAUCUUCAUUCCGUGUUGUCAGGGAUGGAAUAAGUCAUGUUUAAAAGGAUUUCUGUGUGAAGGAUACGUUUUGUGAUAAAAGAUUGUGUAUGCUGUGUUUUCCUAUAAUAAAAUUUUUGGAAAUUUA